AUGGGUGACCAGUGGUUACUCUUGCUCCUGCCUUUGUCCCUGGGGGCCUUCCAUGGAGCCAAAGGCUGUUUGGAGUGUGACCCCAAAUUCAUAGAGGAUAUUAAGGCCUUAUUGGCAAAGCUGAUACCUUCAGAAGUCCCUGGCCGAACUGAACUGAUUGAACGGCAGUUUAAGGAGAUGAUGCGUUUAAGCUUCAAGGUCUCCCACAAGAACAAGAUUCUUCGGGUGUUGGCUGUUCAAAAGGUUGUCAAGUUGAGAAUGUGGUUGAAGAAUGAAUUUUAUAAGCUGGGCAAUGAAACAUGGAAAGGCGUCUUUAUUAUUCAAGGCAAGCUUCUUGAGGUCCGUCAAAACCUGGACUCCAAAUUGAAUGAAAUACUAAAGAGCUUCUCUGAAGUUGCUUGUUCUGAAGAUUGCAUGGUGAUUGAAGGUCCCAUCCUUGAUUGUUGGACAUGCCUUCGCAUCACCACCAGGUGCUUCAAAGGAGAAUAUUGUGGAGAAGAUGACCCAAAAAAGGCUGAGAGUCGAGAGAUUGGACUGUUUCUAAUAUUGCUGGCAGAAACUGGAAUAUUGGCAAGUGCUGUGUUACUAUUCCAUAUUUGUGUCAUUCAUCGGAGGAGGAUGAAAAGAAUACGAAAUACACUAAAGAAAUACUUGGAGAAGAAACUUGAAGAAUUAAUAGGAAUGGAAGAUAAGAAAGAGGAGAAAACAGAUUCUCAACCCAGAAAAUAA